AGGCGAGUGUGGCGUCUUUGAUUGAAGCAGAAAGGCCGGGGGGAGUUCGUUUCUUUUCCCCUCUCUUUUUCCUCCCUUUUCGUCGCCCUUUUCCGUCGGCUGACGUCACCCACCCUCGCUAUCUCCCUCUUCGAGAACUCGUGGCUCACAAAGCCUCCCUCUCUCGUACCCACACACGCACGCACGCACUCUCUCUCUCUCUCUCUCUCUCUCUGAGAACCAUUACAACAAAGCCAUGUGAUCCGAGUCUGUGUCGAAGUUGAUGAGAGGAGUGGCGAUCGGUCGGAUGGGAGGGGAUGUCUGACGCAAAGGACCCCGCGAUCAAGCUCUUCGGAAGGACCAUCCCGCUUCCGGAGAGCCUACCGCCGCCUCCGGAAGAGGUGGCUGAGCAGACGGCGAUUCCCGAUACAACUCCAGCGACGGAGACGGAUGACGGCGAUCCGGAUGCAAGCAAAGAAGUAACAAACAUGGAAGUCAACAAUAUUACAGCUGUUGCCUCUAGUGAAAGAAAUGAGGAUGGUCCAACUUGUUCCAUUGGUUUGAACAGUAGUAAUGAAAAUGAUCAUGACAAAGGUUUAUCAGAUUCCAGAGAGGAACAUAACAAGUCUGAUGCUGAAGGCUCUGCUCAAGCAAAGGUCCUCAGGAAACCAGAUAAAAUUCUGCCAUGUCCUCGUUGUAACAGUAUGGAUACUAAAUUCUGUUAUUAUAACAACUACAACAUUAACCAACCUAGACACUUCUGUAAGAAUUGCCAGAGGUAUUGGACUGCUGGGGGAACAACAAGGAAUGUUCCUGUUGGUGCUGGAAGGCGUAAAAGUAAGCACUCUGCAUCACAAGUCCGUCAGAUAAUGUUGCCAUCAGAUGGAUUGCAAUCUGCUGGACUAGAGACUUCUGAUUUACCUCAUCAUCUGACUCUUCCUUGUGGCUCUUCUGCCCCUACAAGACCUUUGAUCAGAAAUGGAACUGUUCUUAAAUUUGGGACAGAGGUGCCUCUUUGUGAAUCCAUGGCCUCUGCACUCAAUAUCAGAGAGAAAAACAGAAAUGGUGAUAUUAGCUCUAUACUAUAUGGGGAAAACGAGGGGCCCUUAUGUGCAUCUUCUGUAAAUGGCUCCAAUUUUGUUGAAAAUGGAUUAGCAGGAAAUCCAACCCACAUCGAACAGAAUGGCAUGCAGGGAUAUUGUAAUGGAGUUACAACAAUGCCUCAGUUUUCAUGUUAUCCUGUGGCUCCAUGGGCUUAUCCCUGGAGUCCAGGAUGGACUAAUGUUGCUCCUAUAGUGAGAUGCUCGCCUGAGUUUGUUCAAAGACCAGAAAAUGGUAAUCCAAGUCCAGUUCCAUGGAACCCCCCAUUGAUGGUGGGAGGCCCUGCUUUUUGUCCUCCAUCGCUUCCUUUCCCGUUCGUGCCAGCUUCUUCUUGGGGAUGCAUUUCCAGCUGGCCUAAUGGAGCGUGGAAUGUGCCGUGGCUUGGUUUCAAUAGUGGGAUACAUAGAUCAUCUUCUACGAGCAAUAGCGGAUCUUCAGGAAAUGGUUCCCCAACCUUGGGUAAACAUUCAAGAGAUGCUACCUUACAGGGUGAGGAGAAGACAGGGAAGUCUUUAUGGGUUCCUAAAACUCUUAGAAUAGAUGAUCCUGAUGAGGCUGCGAAAAGCUCAAUAUGGGCUACUCUUGGUAUUAAGCCAGAAGUUGGUAUUUUCAAACCUCUCAAAUCAAAGGCCGAAAGUAAAGCUCAGACGUCAGAUGCUGCACAUCUUUUGCAGGCAAAUCCUGCAGCAUUAUCCCGCUCUCAUUCUUUCCAGGAGAGCACAUAAGAGAAUUUAUUUGGUAGUUUUCUGGGUUCUAUUUCAUAUCUGUGCAAAAAAGGAUGCAUCGGGUUGUAGCUUCAACAUGGCAACUUUAUGUGCAUUUAUAAGUAUAUAAGUGUAACAUCCAAGAUAAAGCUGGUCCUAGGUUUACCAGUGCUUUCAAAAUUUCCAUGGGAAAGUGCCAGACUCAUCAACAAUUUAUUAAGAGUCCCAAAUUUCAUGUUGUACAUAAUAGAGAGUGGUAUUGGUGCAAGUUUCUUACAAGAAAUAGUGUUUGUUGACUCUCCUGUGAUGCGGUCAGGAAUUGACAAAAUGGCAUACAGGUCCAGAAUGGAAGAUUCAGUUCAUAACUAUCACAGAAAAGCGUGCUUCAGUUAUGAAAGAUUCUGACCACCUGCAAAGGAAGAUGUGAUAUCUGGAAUAUGUCACUUGUCUAUUGUAAAUGUCGGCCAACCGUUGACAGUAUGUGGAGUUCCACUUCUUACUUAAGAACCUGUUUGCACCAGUUGAGCCUCACUUCAGAUGGUUUGGAAUGCUUGGUGCAUCCAAUUAAGAGCAACUUUGCCCUGAUGAUCUCGUGGAAACUCCUUGCCUGCUUCUGUAGGAGGUUUGGUGGUCGUAAUUGCCUGCCUUUUUUUUCUAGAUGAAAUCAAAGAUAUCAGUUUCCUAGUAGAGAAACUUUUUCUUUCCCAACACGAGAGAAAGCCAACAUCAAUUUUUGUUCUUCUGUUUCCUUCUCCAAGAAAAGAAGCAGCCAAUGAUCCCUGUUUUCUCUUUUUCUUUGUAGGUUUUGCUGUGUGAAAGAUUUGGUGUCUCUAACAAUCAUAUUUUUUUGUAUCCUAUGAGUCGAAGAUCUACUCUUCAAAAGUUGCUCAUGAAGUUUGUAUAGACCAUCAACAUUAUAAUCGGUUAUCUUUAUGAUUGAAAAGCUUAGGUUUAUAGAUCA